GAACUUUCAGUACAAAGUCGUCAUGUAGUUGUCAUGAGUUCGCCAAGUUAUGGUUUCACUAAAUUCACCGCUUGUCCUGCACAUUUUGGUGUAUUCCCCGGUGAAGAAUUACCAUCCAGUCAACAGUCGUCAACACCAUCAGCGGCAGCGGCAUCGGCGGACGAAGCGUCGUCUGUAAAUUCCGCUUGGACACCAUUAAUAGGUCCUGUACGCGUUGUUGAGCCUAUUGAUGCUUGUAAACCAAUUGCAGAAUAUGCUUAUGCCUAUCCACCAGAUGGAUAUGAUAUAUGGAAUCAGAAUCCAACUGGAGGACAACAGAACACUUCAAUUCCUUCGUUAGACAGUUAUGUAACGAUGAAAAAUAGUAGAGGUCUCAUUUUCGGUUCCAUUGGUAUUGUUCGUCGUGGUGGUUGUGUUUUCGUUGAAAAAGCUUAUCAUUUAGCACAAGCUGGUGCUAUCGGUGUCAUUGUGGUUGAUAAUAAACCUGAAACAUCAAGUGAAAUUGGUCCGUUGUUUGCAAUGUCUGGAGAUAAUGAUUUUAAUGAUUUAAUGAAACAUAUUCAUAUACCAGUUGUAUUAUUACUGGGUGCAGAACGUGAUCAAUUAUUCAAUAUCAUUCGUACACAUUGGAAUCAUACCCAUUCAGCACUGAAUAUUAUGUUAACUAAAGAAUAUAAUCUUGCUGAUUCGUUCAAUACAGCUCUGUCAAUAAUGAAUACGGAAAUCAUUAGGGAACACGAGAAACUACCACUCAACAAUAUCGUAGGAGAUACUCAUACGUCUUUCCAACUGAUUAGCCAUCUGUACCAAUCAUCGUCAGUGUCAAUGAAAACGCUUCAUUUGAAUAAAAUUUCCGACACAAUUGGAUUUUCUAUAUCAUAUAAUAACAAUUCAGAUAUGUUUCAUCUCAGGGAUUCUAUGUCUCCAUCUUCACCUGCAUCUUCUCCCUUGUCUACUUCCCCUUCCCCUUCUUCUUCUUCGACUUCUGAGUCUCCCAGAUCAUCAUCCGCUGGAAGUGAUUCUGAGGCAGCUGAAGAUGAUGAUGUCACAAGGACAGAAACAACACCAAGUGACUCCAUAAAUCCAUUAUCUUGGUCAUUCACAUUUUCUAUCAAUAAUGAUUUAGAAAGAUCAAGUUAUUUUCUACCAAUUAACGAGAAUAAUGAUAGCCUCUUUGUUGGUGAUAAUAAUAAUAAUAAUAAUACUGUGAUUAAAGGAUCACCAAAAGAUAUUUCAAUUUGGCGGGAUUUAUUCGAUACUACAUUAAAACAAAUUAAAUUGAAUACUGAAUGUCAGCAUUUUAUGUUAGCCGUAUUACAAAUUAGUCUGCAUAAAGUAUGCCCAUCGGAUUCACCGUAUUAUAUGAAUCAAACAAUUCAGAUAUCAAGGAGACAUUAUGAAUUAAUCAAUACGUGUUUAAGUGAACUACUUCAUCUCAAUGAAAAAUCAAUUAGUAGACAACAAGAACAAGCGCAACCAAGUGAUAAUAAUAAUAAUAAAGGCACCACCACUACCAACAGCGACAACAACAACAAUAACAACUCUGAUAAUAUUGUGAUCACAUUACAAUUGGGCUUUCAAUUAAUUUCUAAUGAUGAUUUAUCGUCUACUACAAUAUUCCCUCCAACUUUUUCAUCUUCUCCGCCGCCUUCACAUCCUGUUGAUCCUCAUGCUCCUGCUGCUGAUGAAGCUGGCGUCUCUCAGACUACUUCUACUCCUACUCCUGCUCCUCGUAAAGAUGAAUUGUAAAAUAAUUGUCAGGUCUCUCUUUUUUUUAUUUGCUAAAAGUUCUUUUCUUUUAUGAUUACUAACAGUAUUUGUGUUAUGUGUGUAUGUGUGUGUUGUGUGAUGCGAAAACCUCUAAAGUCUUUGUAAAAUACAACCAACCGUAUAUUUAUGUGUAUAUUGUACAUGUAAAGAAAUUAAUUCAUUUAACUGAUCGAAUGAUUAUUGGCUGAUUGUCUGACUGACUGAUUGAUUGGUUGACUGCCUGACUGACUAACUGAUUUAACCAAUAGCCUCUUUGUUUAUAAUUUCAAUCUUAUCUUUUGCCCGUCUGUGUGUGUCUGUCUAUCUAUCUAUCUCAAUAUAAUCAAAUAGUAAAAGUACCAAAUACUGUUUA